CUACGCGACGGCAUACCUCACUUCACGUUCUCACGGCGUUGAGUGUGGCGUUUCAUUGCUAUAGGACAAAACAGAGCGCAAUAAAACAAAGAUGGCUGACAAUCAGGAAAUGUCUCCCCUGGAGAAGAAGGUGGCGGAGCAGAUUGAGUAUUAUUUUGGUGACCAUAAUCUCCCAAGAGACAAGUUUCUGAAGGAGCAGCUGCAGUUAGACGACGGAUGGGUCCCUCUGGAGACUAUGCUGAAAUUUAACAGAUUGAAGAGUCUCACGUCAGAGGAGUCAGUCAUUGUUGAGUCUCUGCUGAAGUCUAAAACAGGCCUGCUGGAGAUCAGCGAAGACAAAACCAAAAUAAGACGAGAUCCGAACAAACCACUUCCUGAGAACAACGAGGAAUACAGGGACGCGCUCAAACACAAAUCCAUCUACAUGAAAGGCUUUCCUCUUGAAACCACGUUGGAUGAUGUUAAAGAGUGGCUUGCUGAUAAAGGCACAUUCGAGAACAUCUACCUGAGGAAAGGACCCCAGAAAACCUUUAAAGGAUCGAUCUUUGCGGUUUUGGAAACUGAAGAAGCUGCCAAGGCUUUUGUCGAGCGUGAAGACAUUAAAAAUUUCAAAGGGAACGAGAUGAUCGUCAUGAUGAAAGAUGCCUACUUUACUAAAAAGAUAGCUGAGAGGAAGCAGAACCGUGUGGAAUCUAAAGCUAAAGCCAAAUGUGACAAAGAGGAAAAGCAGAAACAGGCUGAAGAAGAAGAGAUGAAAUCCCUGAAUGACCAGCGAGGCUGCCUACUGAAGUUCUCUGGUGAAUUGGGUCAGACCUCGAGGGAGGAUUUUCACUCCGUCUUCUCUGAUCACGCUCAAAUCAAAUGGAUUGAUUUCACCAGAGGAGCUAAAGAGGGCACCAUCCUGUUCCACUCCAACGCUAAAGAGGCUCUCCAGAAAGUCCGAGAGGCUCACAAAGGGGAGGAUCCCAAGGUGAAAGAGCAGGUCGUUCAGUGGGAGAUUCUGGAGGGAGACGUGGAGAUGGAAACACUGAAGAAAAUCAUUGAGGAUCAGCAGGAGUCCAUGAACAAACGCAGAGGAGGCCGAGGAGGUUUCAGGGGUCGAGGAAGAGGACGAGGAGGCCGCAGAGACCGAGGAGGAAGAGAACACACCCAGUUCAAGGGAAAGAAGACCAAAUUUGAUAGCGAUGAAGAGGGAGAUGAAGAAAGCGCCAAUACAAAGAAGAGACCUCUCGAGACUAAUAGACAAGAUAACGGAGAGCCGGUUUCCAAACAAGCCAAAAGCGAGAAUGGUUCUUAAUGGGGAAGAGUUGUGGCCUUAUUUUUUUUGUACAGUAGAUUUUCUCUGAAACCAACAGAAAUGCAUUCUCAGACUACUUGUGUGUCAAAGGCUAACCGCUGCACGAAAUCUCUACGCCACACUUUUCUCUAAAAAGGGCAUCAUGCAUCAUUCUAAUGGAUUUGUUUUUGUUUUGUUUUCAAACAUGCCGGGUGCCUGGAUGCUUAUUUAUUUGCCAUACACGCACUUAUGGUUGCUGGUUUGAUUUAAGAUCUCAUCUACAGCUAGUAAUGUGUCAUUUUUAAAAAUCUAUUCUGCUUAAACAGUCCGCUGGAAGCAUUUACAGAACUAUUGACAACUUUAAUCGAGUUAUUUCAUUCCUUGAGCACUAACAGUUUGCGAACUCUUGUGUUUUCAGCACAAUAAAUGAGCUGAUUUAUGAUUUUGACAGCAUUUGUUAAGCGAUACUGUAUUACUGUAGAUCUAUUUGAACCCUUAAAAUAAUCUAUUAGGGUUGUCUGAAUUGUCAUUUCUCUAUUUUACAUUAACGAGCAGCCUCUUUUCUGCCGUCUGGAUUAUUCCAUUGGUUGUCACUUGCACAAACAGAGUGUGUGUUAUAGCUGUUUUCUUUUAUACGUGGUUGCAAAGGAGAGUUUUCUUUGAGUAAUUAGUAUUUUGAAUGAAGAUUUUUUUUUUAAUCGUGCUUAAUCACAGCUACAGAAACAUGUCUCUUAAUCUAGAGUGCUGUUUUAGGUGUCAUGCUUCAUAUUUACCCCUGCAGGGCUUCAACAAGCACUCGUUGUUUUGUUUUCCUUUGUUUUUUACUGCCAUGUGUUGAUGAAUUAAACACAUUUAGUAUUUCAAUAAAGGUCUUGAAAAUCUACCCGGUCAUUAUGGAUGUGGUUUUACUUGUAGGAAAUGUCUUGAUGCAAUAAAUUGACAUUGAUGGCAUACAUUAUGCUAAA